AUGGCCUCAGAACUAGGGCUAGCGCCGCCGGCGAAGCGCCCGCUACCGUCGGCACCCACCACCAUCACCGGUAUCGGCGACGACCUCCUCCGCGAGAUCUUCCUCAUGCUUCCGUCCCUCCCGAGCCUCGUCCGCGCCGCCCUCGCCUGCCGCACCUUCCUCGGCGCCGUCCGGUCGUCCCCCGCCUUCCGCCGCCGCUUCCUGGCGCUCCACCCGCCCCAGAUCCUCGGCUUCUUCAUCUGCCCCAGCCGCAUCGCCAGCCACCCCUUCGUCCCCUCCCGCGGCCGCUCCGACCCGGACCUCGCCGCCGCCGUCCGCGGCGCCGAUUUCUUCCUCACCCGUCUCCCGGAGAACGGCGGUUCCUCCCGCGGGUGGCACUUCGAGACCUGCUACGGUGGCUACGCCGUCCUCCUCAACCAAACCACGGACCAGAUCGCGGCCUACAACCCCCUCACGCAGGCGCUGCAUCUCUUCCCCCAGCCGCCCGCCGACAAGAUCCUCUUCCACGGCUUGCCUGAGUACUAUUUUUUCUCCGAAGAGGACCAGGGAGUGCUCCGUAUGGUCUGUGUCCAACACCGGAACAUGUCGUGGCAAGUGCCGGCGCGCCUCGCCGUCUUCUCCCCGGCCACCAGCAGCGAGUGGCAGAUUUUGCCGUGGGUGGAGACCCCGCCGCCGCUGCAGCCCGAGGAAGAUGGUCAAAAGGUCAUCACCUUUUACCCUGGUACGCAGGUGAAAGGAUUCGUCUACUGGAAACACACGAGUCAAGCCUAUGCACUCAUUCUCAACACUGCGACACUGCAAUUCUCGAGAGUGGAUUUGCCGCCAUUCUUUGAAGAGAUAGAGACUGUGCAAUUUAUGCUUGGUCAGACCAAGGAUGGGGAGCUCUGUAUGGCUGGCGCAGAUGACAACGAUGGAAAGACAGGAAUGCUCGUUGUUUGCGUUUGGAGAGCUGAUGAGCACGGUGUUGAGAAGUGGAUGCUGGAAGGUAUUUUUGCACUGAGUCUAUUUGUUGAUGCCACAGAGGAUGAUUCCACGGUGCAGGUUGAUGCGAUUAUCGAUGGCUAUGUGUACCUGUCUACUAAGUAUUCUGGGCAAGCCGAGUCCCUCCUAUCCCUCUGCCUGGAAACAGCAAAGCUAACCAAGCUCUUUGAUGGUACAUACACAAGCCCAUCUCAUCCCUAUAUCAUGGCAUGGCCUUCUUCAUUGGCAGACAACAAGGCAAGCCCGUGCUUGAAGAUUCCGGUUUACAGAAGGAUGGUGAAAGCCAAAUCUUCUGGAAGGGGAGGCGGCGAUCCAGAAUUCAGCUAUCAGGAGUUCAGGACCCAUGAAGCUGCUAGUGUGUCCUCGACUGGUGGCUUACUGAGCAUCAGUGAAGAAGAUGAGAGUGAAGAUGAACAAAAUGAGCUGAUGGAUAUUGAGCGGCAGUAA